ACACGUCUAGAAAGCCUAUGUAAAUUGUCAAUAAGUAUCUACCAAAUGUCUUAUUGAAGUUAUUUGCGCAGAUGUCUGAGAAAUUAAGAAAAAAACGACGAAAUUCACAAUGAUGUCUACGUCACGGGCACUUGCUCAGAUCAAAUUAUCAAUACACAAGAAGUGAUGACGAUUCACACGGAAGUGCAAAACGUUAACUGUAAUGGACGAAUUAUAGUAAAACUGAGAAAAGAAAUGGUUCAUUUUAUUUAAAGAAAGCUUUCCUUUAGUCUUAUUGGCUUGGAAUAAGAAAGAAAAUCACUUGAUAACCAAAUCAUGGGUGCUUUUUCAAGUACACUUGGAAGAAGAAACGGUGAUGUAGAAGUUCUAGUUGUAGCAUCCAACAAUGCCUAUAAAUAUCCCCCAAAAUCUGGUAACUAUUUUGGUUCUCAUUUUAUUAUGGGUGGAGAAAGGUUUGAUAUGUCACAGCCAGAAUCGUAUCUGUUUGGAGAGAAUACUGACUUAAACUUUCUUGGAUGUAAACCUAUUCCAUUCCCCUACCCACCAGCCUCUGGUAACGAGCCAACAAAAACAUUGAAAAGUCUUGUAAAUAUAAGGAAAGAUACGCUUAGACUUGUUAGGAUUCCUGAAGUGGAGAAGUUGAAGGCGGAUGAGAGGGACGAAACUUUAAACAACAAAUAUAACCUCGAGUUUACAUUUGAUUGUGAUGUUAAAUGUUCAAUCAAGAUCAGUUUAUUUAGUACAGAGGAGAUAGCUAAUGGACAAAUCAGUUAUCAUCCAAGAGAUCCAAGCACAGCGUCCGAGACAUUUCAUUAUAAAAGAGGGGCGUCUCAGUUAUUUCAACAAUCAUCAUAUAUAAUAGACCCGUCAAGGUUCACAGAUGAGGAGUUACAGUAUACAGCAGAUAAAGAGGAAAUACCAGUAGUAAUACAGUGUAUAGCUGAGGAUGAUGAGAACUCCAUGCAUGCACAUAUGACAUUUGCCCUUAUUGAGCGAAGCUCUUUGGAUGGAUGCUAUGUAGUAAAGCCUCUUAAACAGAAACAGUUUGUUCAUGGGCUUAGUUAUUUAUUGCAAGAAAUAUAUGGCAUUGAAAACAAGAAUAAUGAGAAAGUCAAGGAUGAAGAUGGUGAUGAUGAUGACAUUGAAGACAGUGGUGCCGAGUGUGUUAUAUGUAUGUCUGAUAUGCGAGACACACUUAUCCUCCCAUGUAGGCAUUUAUGUUUGUGUAGCACAUGUGCAGAAUCUCUGAGAUAUCAGGCAAGCAGUUGUCCUAUAUGUAGGUCACCGUUCAGAGCUUUACUACAGAUCCGUGCCAUGAGGCGAAAACAAGUGGUGGCUCUUCAGCAGUCUGGGGAUCAAACAAUGGAGGAAACUCCUGUAAGUCAGGAAGGUGUUCCACCAGGAUAUGAGGCUGUAUCUCUCAUAGAAGCUUUAAAUGGACCAUGUGGGUUACCUCCCUUAAACACCAUGGAGGGAAUACAUGUACCCCCUCCUUCAAGAUUCCAGACAGACACAGAAUCUCGACACAAAAGAAGAUCCAGCAAAAAACGUAAUUUACCAGUGGAAACUGUGAAGGAACUGAUGAUGAGUGAAGAUGAUAAAAAGAUUCCAGAAGAGAAGGACGGUGAACGGACAGACACGUCUGCAAAAACAGAGUCAUCAGUACCACUAGCUGAUCCUGCUAAAUCUCCAGCACAGAAACCCAAAAAUAGAUCUGGAAGAUUACGGAAGGUUGGAGGAGGGGACAAUAACUCGUUACCUAGGUCACCAUCAUCUGAUCAGGAGAAAGUGACAGACACUGUACGCAUGGUUAAUGAGCAGUUACCAAGAACUGACCUACCUGAGGUUGAAGGUAACUGUCCAGCUGAGUUGACUGUACCAUAUCCACAUCUAACAGUAUCAUCAGAGAACCUUGCUGAUGAUGAACGUGAAGAUACAUCAGAGGGAGAAAUAGAGCCAGAUCCUGACUAUGAUUUAGAUGAUGAUGAUUGUUGUGCCAUUUCUGAAGAGAGACUUGACAGUAUAGCAAGCGGACAAGAACUUACAGAGACAAUUUCCGACUCUGCAUAUAAUCCACCCCCUGACUACGCCACGGUGAUGUGCGAGGAUUCUGCCGCAGGUGACACGGAGAUUGAUACAGAUGAUGGUGCCGCUAUUGUACCGAUUAACUUACACCUGUCAACAUCCGCACCGAGUAGCACCGACUCCGGGAGCAGUAAUCAUAGCUCUCAUGUUCUACUACCACAGUCACAUGACCUCUCCUUGAACCAAGAUCAUUGAAAUCAAUAAAAACAAUCAAAAAUAUGUUUCUCUGAGAACUUCUAUCUCAGAUGUUGAUUUGAGCGUUUCGAUUCACUAGAGAAUUCUGAAAUAAGAAUUGGGAGUAUUUGCAAUAUUACUGAAAUGAUUAAGCAAUGCUUAAGUUUUAGUUGAGAACAGAUAUGAUUCACAUUAGCACUAUUAGAGCAUAUGAUUUGUAGUUUUCUUGAAUUUGUUAGCUAUAAAUGUAACAAGCUUCAGUGUGCUUGUCAUCCAUAUCAGACACUUUGCUUACUUUUGAAAAAGCAGAUUUAUCACAAUGUUGUUUUGUUCAGAGAAGAACAAACUUUAUUUGUUUACUAUAAGUUAUAUCAUAUAAAUUACAUUUUUCAGGUAUAAAAGCCUAAGCUAGGAAUAUAUAUCAUUUGGUACUGAAAGUCUCUGAAUUACUGAAAUUAAAUUUUACUUGUAGUAGAAAAAAGUACCAGAAUUCUCAGAUAAGAUAUUUGGUUGUGAUUUGCUUACAGUAUGUUGAAUUUAUUCCAUUGCAUUCUUUAUAGAUAAAUAAGGAAAUGAAAAUGUCAACACAUAUUUACAGCUGCAUUUCUAAAUAUUAUAUAUUUGUAAUCCACAGAUAAAUGGAUGUUGUGGUAUGGUACAUAUUUGUUAUUUUAUGAGAAUAAAUAGUUUAAUCUUAGGCUGCAGAAGACAGCAGAUUUUACCCAUGUGACCAGUGCAGACUCAAAUUAUCUGGCACAUUUGUGCCAGUGAUCAUGGUCGGAACCAUUCACUAAUCAUUCGGUAUAAAAAAUUUGAAAAUU